UUCCACCAAAUAUUGACAAAUUAAAAUUCCCUACAACUAUUACACCACUCGGACCUACAUCUUACGACAACGUUCCAUAUACACAUGUUAACAGAACUAAACGCCAGGUGACACUGACGUCAUCAAAAAUUGAACCGGAACUUCUUUUAUUUUGUGACAAUGCUAUGGUCCAACAAUUUGAAGGGGACACAGACGAACUUCUUGAAUAUCUUCUGCAUUUCUGGCACGCAGUUAACUGGAAAUUCCUAACAAUAUCACUACAAAGACAGUGGCCACAUAUAGAUCUCAAGAUUCGAGAGAUAGGUGUAUUUCGAGACCCGUCAGCCCAGCCAUUUAUAGAGGAGAAUCGUAUACGACGUGGUAGUAGGUUGUUCUCCCUGUAUGACGCCAUGGACAGUCUGCAAAGAUGGCUUGUCAAGUACGAAACUGUCCUUCCAUUACAUGAUGCUGCUUUUCUGCAAACUGGUUGGCCAGUCUGCAGUAUAAAGCCUUAUAAGACUGUGUCGACAGGUCAAAAUCUUGAUGGACCUGAAUUCAAAAAAUCACAACAAGUGUUUCAAGCCAUGGUCGCUGAACUUAAACGACAAGGAGCUGGUGGAAUUGACCACUACCCACCAUUAGAACGUCAGGAUCUUUUGAAGUUGUAUGGCUACUUUGAUGUCAGUGACCCAGAAAAUUUGCAAGAGAAAGUGUUUGUUGAUAUUAUGUUGCACUUUGGGAGAAGAGGUCGAGAAAACCUUCGUGAUCUUUGUGUUAGUGAUUUUGGUAUGACAACAGACAGUGAUGGCUUACGAUACAUUUACCUACGUAAAGAUGAGCAAACUAAGAACCAUCAGCUUGAUACAAAUACAGCCAAAGGCAGCAUGUAUGAGAUUAAAGGCUAUGAUGAGAAAUGUCCAGUCAGAACAUUUAUACAGUACAAAAGGUUAUUGCCACCUGGAUGCAACUAUCUUUUUCCAAGACCAUUAAAGAUGCCCACUAAAGAUGGCUUUUACUUCAGUUUACAGCCAUUAGGUCAUAACAAACUUGGUGGGAUGAUGGCUUAUCUGAGCAAAAAAGCAAAACUAUCACAUUCUUACACAAACCAUAGUUUGAGGGCCACUGCAGUACAUAUUUUAGAUGGUGCACAUAUUCCUACAAGGCACAUUAUGACUGUCACAGGGCAUAAAGCUGAAUCUAGUUUAAAAACUUAUACAGGAUACACUGAUCACAAUACCAAGAAAGCAAUGUCUCACACUCUCAGUAAAAGUGUCGGAUUAACUGUGUCUGACUCAAUCUGUGAAAAUUCUAAAACUGUUACAUUAGACAAUGAUGGUGCUGUAAGUGAUUAUAAACAGAGUGAGAGAGAUCAUCUGGAUCUUACAACUUCGACCUUGGAUCCAUUAACAAACUCUCAGUUUGAUAAAUUUUGGUUCUCAUCAUUUUGCGGUUGUGUUUUAUUUUCAGGCGUUGCUUACGUCAGAGGGUCUUGCUUGUCGGCACCAUACUUUCGAAAACUUGCUUACAACUUUGGUAUUGGAGAAGCAUCAACAAGUUUUAAUGAUGUAAUCAUUGCCGCUCAUGAAGUUGGACACUUACUUGGAGCAUAUCACGACGGUGAGGCAGAGGCCCGAGGGUGUGCCAGUAAUUCUGGCUAUAUUAUGAGUUAUUCCAGGGAAGAUGCCUAUAAAUUCAGCCGGUUUUCACCAUGCUCUAUAUCAAGCUUUCAAAACUUUCUCAAUAUGGAUCGUUCUGCAUGCCUCAGACAGAGGGCAAGCAAUGAAAUUAUGAAAUUUCCGACAUCAUUUCCGGGAACCUAUAUGUCUAUAAAUGAGCAAUGCCGACGAUUCACCGGUGGACCACCUUGCGAGAUUGGACCUAAACAAUGUGAGCAUCUAUGUUGUGAUGAUGCCAAGGGUCAGUGGAGAUAUACGCGGUCAGAACCAGCUGUUGAUGGGACUUCUUGUGGUAAAAGAAAUGUAUGUUUGAAUGGUCAAUGUAUUUCAUUAGCGUCAUUUGGAUAAUCGUUUAUGUGUAGUUUAUUUAUUUCUGCCACAUCGACACAAUAUUUGUGAAGGGAGGAAGAACUGUGAUGCGCCACAGCCUUUCUGGAAAGUUAUUUAUGAUAUAUGAUUCAACAGAUCGUUGAUAUAAGCUCCUUUAUGGAGUGUAAACAUUACCACUGUCAGUUAUAGAUGUCAUCCAUAUGUGUUAAGAACAAAGUGUUAUUCAGCUGUUCAUAUACUUCUGAAAAUAUCAUAAUUGUUUUAGUUUGGAGCAAUAAGCGCAGUUUGUUUCCUUUGAUUUUAACUGGAAAUCUAAAACAUUGUUCCACAUAUUAUCAUACAUCGAUCUUCUAAUCGGACAAAUUGAAUUCCAGUCGCAUUAAAAAGGUAAAAACUAUAACAGUUUACGUGAAACUAAACAUGUUUGUGGUUAAUAGUUUACAUGAAACUAUUUUCUUUCCGUAACAACGUUUAUGGCUUCUGAAGAAUCAUUGUAUUUUAAAAGGUUUCAGAAAUUCAAACAGAAUGAUUACUUUCUUCAUUCGGAUAUAAAUUCCCUUUUCCUUGUUUUUGUUUAUAUAUUUAUUCUGUAAAUAAUGUGAAUUACAAUUUGUGAUAUGUAAUGUUGUCCAUCUAUUAUUUGUUAAAUGCUGUUGUUAAACUGGGCACUAAACUUACUAAACAAUAAAUUAAUAAUUCUAUAUUUGUAACAUUACUUCAACUCACUCUUAAUAACAUUAAUUCAAUUCUAUAUCUAUUUUGAAAUAACUCCAAACAAUCAAAACACACAAGAAGGGUUAUUUUAUGUGAAAAUAUAUUUCACAAACAAACUAUCAAGGUGUUAAUGAAAGCAUCAAAACCAUUUCUGUUACAUCAAUUUGAUUAUAAUGUUUAUGUCUAUUGCACACAGAAUAUUGUCAUUA